AUGGACUUUUUCGGGAUACCCCGUGGCAGUAUACGCUCUGCCGCCUUCGACAAGUUGGCUGCGUUGGGCAGUGACCUCGGGAAAUCGGAUCAUUUUGCAAAAUUGAUCAGUGAAACCUCAGUCUCGAAUGAUUCUAAUUCGGGUAAAAACCAGUUAUCUGAAGUUGAAAUCUCGAUCAGAGAAUACGAAGUGCUUCUCUCGUUGUGUAACAACACCAAGGUUCUCAGUGCCAGCGCCGAACCUCUGGGAAAAUUUGGAAAAUUGACCAACGCUGAUGUUCUCUUCAGUAAGUUGAAACAGUACCUUCUUGAAUUACCAACGCAAAAAUUUGCCCAUUCGAUCACUUCCAGACGUGGAUGUCCACCGCCAUGGUUUGAGGCAGCCUCAUCCAUCACUGCUGCGUUGGCAGACUUGCUGGUGGUACCUGGUUUCUUUGACCAUGUCGUUCAGACGUUGUUUGAUUUCACGGGAAAACUUUUCCAAAACAAUAAUCAACUCGAGCUUUGCAAUUACUUGACUAUUUUGGGAUUCUUGGACGGUUUAACCAAGAGAGCCUUCAUUUUGGCUACAUCUGAACAGUCGUUCAAAAUCUUUUUGACUUUGGAUGCUUGUAUCGACAACUUUGAAUUUCUCAGCGAAGUAGAAGAAUACUCAAAUACCGUCUAUUCACAGACAGAUAAUGAGUAUAGUGCUUUCAUGGACAGUGAAUUGGUGUCAGACCUUUCACCAGUUUUAUUUAUUGAGCGGUUGAGUAACUUGAUGUGCGCCAGUAUCAGCUCAAUCUUGGGUAAUAAGGACUUGCCCUUGCUCGAGUACUUGUUGCAAAAGUCUAGCAACGUUGAAGAUGCAACUGAGUCAAAGGAAGCCAAUGGAACUAUACGUGAGUCUGAUAUUUCUGAUAUCUCAAAUGACCAUAUGGCCAUUAUCAAGAAGCUUACAAGUAUAGCCGUCUCCAAAAUGGGCUUCUUGGACCGUGGAGAAUCCUACAUUGUUUACUCUACGCUUAACAGAUUGAAAAUUGGGUAUUCGGCUAAAGGACUCAAUUUACAAGUCAUUGGAUGUGGAAUGUUCACCGAUAACAUUGACUUAUCUAUUGCUUACCGUCUCUUCAAGAAUUGCUUAUCCAUCUACGAUGUGAUGUUGGAUACCAGAUUGGGGCCUUCCGUGAUGCAAUUUGGUUCUCUUUUGGUGUUCAAAGAUGAAAACAUCGGGUCGUCCUUAACAAGAGCCUUCACGUCGCUUGUCUCAAAUCCUCAUUUGAAUUACGAAUACUGCGUUAAAGUCUCCCAUUGUGUGGGUUUGGCUGGUAAAGUGCUUUCGCAGGAUGCUGUGGUCACUACAAUCUAUGCCUUGACCAACUUGAUCUUCACUGAUGAGGACGGAGUACAAGUACGCAGCUCAAUUAGAAGAAACACAGGCUUGAGUCGUGUUGAUUCCUUCUCAACGAAAGACUUGGCCAACAUGUCAAUGUCUCGUCGUUCGUCCAGGCCAGGCUCGAUUAUCUCCAGCCAUCAAGGCAAACGGCCACCUAGGUUUGUUAAUGAGAAACAAAACAACGGAAAAGGUUAUGAUCUCAACAACAAAGACCAUAUCAAGGUUUGUAAAAAUGCGGUUGCGGCUAUCAGUAACAUCGUUGAAGCCUGUGAGGAUGAAGUCGUAAGUACCCUUGCGGUAACUUUAUUGGCCCAAAAGACAAACAAGCUCAGCUCGUCCAUUGGACCAAUUUUAUUGAGAGGACUCGUUGCUUGUGCCCCAUACUUACCCGAGCGUGAGUUUGUGAUAUUGGUCGAAUUAUUUGACAGAUUGACCAUCGAUGCAUUUGAUCAAAAGAACGAACACCUUCUCAAUGAUCUCAUCGAUGCUAGAUCUCAACUAGGAAAGAAACUCAAACCUUCAAACAUUCUUUAUCAAGUCUACUUGCACUCUCUUUUGCAUGCUAUUAUUAGCAAAGGUGACGUUGAAGAGCUUGAACACCACAGGUCGCACUCGGAAAUCAGUAGUGUUGGUGAGGUGAUUGGUACUUAUUUGCAGCCUUUGGCACUGUUGUUACCAGAUCCUAACACUGACGACCAACCAUUGAAACUCGAAGAUACUGAAACCAUCAAUUUGUUCAGAAAUAUUUGGUUUAACAUGGUGGUGCACGGAUAUUCCAUCAACUCCAAGAGUGCCAAGGCUUACUCCACCGAGUUGAUGAGAAUCGCAUACAACUCUCCUCCUCUCGCCUCAGAGCUUUCGUGGGACCGUACUGAAACGUCUCUUGAAUUGAACACAGUUUUGAGAAGAGGUUCUUCUAAUCAUAAUGUGAAAGACCACAAGCAUAUUCUUGGUGAUGUCUUUGAGGUUCACCGCAGUAUGUCGUACCCAAAGAUGAUGUUUUUGGCCGCUAGUAUCUUUGUGGAAUCUCUUCGAGUGAAGACAGGAAAUUGUUAUCGUACACUUGAGUACUUUACUGACCCAUCAAUGAGAAACAGUGGUGUGGAGAAAUACCUUGGGCACAUUGCCUUUAAGGUUGUGAAAGAUUAUAUUUACCUCAUCAAUUGUGGGGCUCACAAGCUGUUUAGUGCUCUGAAUAGUGCUGAACUGCUCUCGCAAAUCUUGAUUUACAGCUGCCACAGAAUUGAGGAAUUACAAGAUGCAGCUUUGCAAUGCUGUGACUUAUUGAUCCACAAAGUUCCUUCGUCAUUGUGCCAUCGCCGCAGUUUGUUUGCCUUGUUUGAUUUGCUUUCGAUGCUCUGCGACAGUGUUAUUGACUCUGAAGUCAACCAAUAUCUGCCUACAACGACGUAUACCGCAUCACGUUCUGGAAUCCAGCUUCGGUUGUCUGACUCUCUCAAAUGGCGUUCGUCCACAUUUGAACGCUUGCGCGAGAAGGCUAGACAGUGGCUCAAGUUGGUUUUGGUGAAGCUGCCUGUGGAUGUCAAGAGUUUGAUUCAAUCUUACGUUUCCGUUCAAGACAAGAUUCCAAGAUCAAAGAUUCAAUAUGGUGACUCUUUUGCGAUGGAAAUGGGAGGAAGUGUCUCAACAAGUGAUCGUGAAUUGAGCUCUAUUUCGAGAAUAGGCACCAAUGAUUUGAGUACGUUACCUUCGCUUGUUGUGCAACUCGGAUGGAGAAGUAACAUGGUUAGUGACUUGAUGGACAAAGUCUCCUUGCACUCACGUAGUGAUGUUGAGGCUGCUUUUAAUAAGUUACGUGAGAAGAUGGAUAAACUUCGAGCCAAAAUCAUCAACAAGAAGCAGCACGUUAAUACGCAAGAAGUAACAGAUGUCCUUGGUGAUUGCGCAGCUUUGACAAUCAUGACAGAGAGCAAUUCGGCGGAAAUGAUCAGGUAUUUGGUCGGUAUCCCGUUCUUGAUUUUUGAGCCCGCAAUCAUGAACUCUUCUAUCGAUAUCUGGUUCACUGUUAUGAAAGACCAUCCACAACUUUCCACGUUAUUGUUGUCUGAAAUUGCAAAGAAAUGGGAAGUUUCAAUUGACACAAAGCAGGGUAUUUUCUCGCGUGAGUACGAUAUCAAAGACUCUGAAUUUACCCUCAUGGAGUAUGUUCCAAGUAACGAUAAAGUAUUAAAGGCUGCUGAGUUGGCAAGAAGAAAGUUUGAACCACAUCAGCAAAUUAUUCGUCUUUUCUCGUCGAGUUUUACAGCCACCUUGAAUCAAAGUGACCAUAUUCUCAAAAUGUUCACCAGGUUCGUUGAAUAUGGUAUAACCAGACUUCCCGAGGCGAGCUCUCACCCAUUAGCGAGAUUCACUUGGUUUGAGCUUAUUAGGUUUGGAUUUGAUGUAUUGAACUAUCAUUCGAAAUUGGGUUCCAGAUGUGUCAGGCGGUUGACCAAACACCUUUUGGAUGCAGCGCUUUCGUGGUUCUCACACAGAGCAAAGUACCCAUUCGGAUCCAACCAGAUCAGACUCAAGGCCGAGAAUGGGUUAUUGACAGAGGUGGCUCAUCUCUUUUCAAGAAUUGAGACUUUUCAAAGAAACGAUUUGGAGUCUCAAAAGACGAUAUUGAUGUUCUUCCUUGAUGAUGAGAUCACCAAAAUCAACGUUUGGUUGAAUCCAACCGCCCACAAGGACCCCAAGGGUGCUCUCAUAUCGAACCAAAUCUCUGGUCAGCACAUUAUUCGUGCCUACGAGAUCAACGCAAUGUUAGCUGUCAACUUGGCAUUGAGAUACAAGAUCAAAAAUUUGGACGAGAUUCUUCAAAAUCUCAUCAAGAAGGAUCCUCUAGCCGCUAUUUCGUACCCAGACGCCGUGCAGUACUUGAUUGGAAUUGAUGCUGGCAAGAAUAACCCUAGUCAUCAUCUCUUGUUCUGGCAAACAUUGUCGCCAGUUGAUUGUAUCACAUUGUUCUUACCACCUUUUGGAAGCAAUCCAUUUGUUCUUCAAUUCUCUAUGAGAUCUUUGGAACAACACGACGUGAACCUUACCUUCUUCUACGUUCCUCAAAUUGUGCAAUCUCUUCGAUUUGAUGCCAAAGGGUACGUUGAACGGUUCAUUGUUGAAACAGCCAAAGUGUCACAAUUGUUUGCCCACCAGAUUAUCUGGAACAUGUUGGCAAACAGUUACAAGGAUUUGGACUCUACUGAUCCUGAUUCCUUGAAACCAUCCUUGGACAGGAUCCAAGAGGAAAUGCUUGAGUCAGUAGGCGAAGAAGACUUGGAGUUUUACCACAAAGAGUUUGGAUUCUUUAACGAAGUCACUGGAAUUUCUGGAAAGUUAAUGCCAUACGUUAAGAAAACCAAGGCCGAAAAGAAAGUCAAGAUUGAUGAGGAAAUGGCCAAGAUCGAAGUCAAGCCUGGAGUAUACUUACCAAGUAACCCUGACGGAGUUGUUGUUGAUAUCAGUCGGAAGUCAGGGCGCCCAUUGCAAUCCCAUGCAAAGACACCAUUCAUGGCUACGUUCAAGAUCAAAAAGACCAUCGAGGAAGCUACUGAGGAUGGAGAAAUCAAGUCUUAUGAGAUCGAAAAAUGGCAGAGUGCCAUUUUCAAAGUUGGUGAUGAUUGUCGUCAAGAUGUUCUUGCAUUACAAUUGAUUUCCGUGUUUAGAACCAUAUGGGCUAACGCAGGGUUGGACUUGUAUGUGUACCCCAACCGAGUUACUGCUACCGCUCCUGGCUGUGGAGUUAUUGAUGUCUUGCCAAACUCUGUUUCGAGAGAUAUGUUAGGAAGAGAAGCUGUUAACGGAUUAUACGAGUACUUUAUCAACAAGUUUGGACCAGAAAACAGCAUUGAAUUUGAAAGGGCAAGAAACAAUUUGAUCCGUUCUUUGGCUGCCUAUUCCAUCAUUUCGUUCUUGUUGCAAUUCAAAGAUCGUCACAAUGGUAACAUUAUGUACGACGACCAAGGACACAUUCUUCACAUUGAUUUUGGAUUCUGUUUCGAUAUUGUACCUGGAGGUGUCAAGUUCGAAGUAGCACCGUUCAAAUUGACCCACGAAAUGAUCUUGAUCUUGGGUGGUCGUCACGAUACUCAGGCUUUCCAAUGGUUUGAAGAAUUGUGUGUGAAAGGUUACUUGGCAUGCAGACCGUAUAUGGAGACGAUAGUGAGGUGUGUUACGCCCAUGUUGGAAAGUGGGUUGCCAUGCUUCAAAGACACUACAAUUAAAAAGCUCCGCUCGAGAUUCGUUCCAGGAAAGAGCGAGCGCGAAGCAUCCAUCUACUUCCGUGGUCUUAUCAAAAAGUCCAUGGAAAGUUUUUACACCAAAGGUUACGACGAGUUCCAAAGACUUACCAAUGGAAUUCCUUACUGA